AUGAAUGAAAACAAUUCUUCUCCGUUCGACAUGCCAUCACCGACAAGAAACAACAACCGCAGUACAAACUCUUCUUCAUCGUCAGUGAAAAGCAAUCCAAGUAAUGGUGAAUCUAAAAAGCAAAGAGCCUCAAAUUUGAGUAAACACUCUCGGAGUGUAAAUAAUAACAAGUCUACGACACCAUCAACGACUGGGGAAAGAAAGACGACUAGAAUUUUGACUUUUGGAUUUCCAUUUUCUGGACAACCUGAUAUUGUUAGAUCCUUACAAAAAGAUGACUUUUAUACCAAUCAAGUAAUGUUUAAUAAUUUAAAAGAUUUAUCGUCGUGGUAUUUUGGUCAAAGAUUCACCAUACGAUUUGAAAAAGAAAUUCAAUUACUCGGAAAUUUAAUUUAUUAUGUAACCACUACGUGUACAGAACAACCGACUCUCGGAGAAGAAUAUUGUGAUUUAUUACAGGUACAAUUGAAAGAAAAACUGAAAAAUAAUUUAUUCCUCUCAACAAAAUCCAAAUUAGGGACACAAAAUUCAAAGACCUUGUACAUUGUUAAAUCAUCCUUGCAGCGUCGUUUAAUGUUUGUAUUAUACGAAUUAAUUGUCCCUUACUUGUUUGAUCGAGGAUUAUCUCACUGGCUUACACAUUAUUUAACUCACUCGACCAGCAUUUCGAGUGAUGUGAGAUAUUACAUUUCAAUUUUGAAAGAGUUUGUACAGUUUUUACUUCGAUUUAACUUGGCGGCAUUCUAUGUAAAUGGAAAAUAUCUUCAAGUUUCGAAAAGAGUUGCUGGAAUACGAUAUAUAUAUACUGGCAGGUCAGACGGUGAUUCGUAUAAUAGACCCAAUUUUAUCAUUCUCUCACUUCUCAUCAUGUUACAACAAGUCAUAUCUGCUACUCUCUUUAUCAAGUCCCUCAUUUCCCAAUACAUUAUCAAUAGAAAAAACAAACAAUCAGCCAAUGACCUCAAAGACCAAUCGUCUGAAGCAAACAACCCUCAUCAAGUCGUUCUCAAUGGAGUUAUUUAUACAGAGAAGCAUCUCGAAGGUCGAACAGACACUGAGUUUAAAUGCUCACUUUGUUUGGAGAGGCGUGUGAAAACAACAGCCACUCCAUGUGGUCAUUUAUAUUGCUGGGAUUGCAUUACAGAAUGUGUUAUUAAUAGUAAGGAACCCAAAUGCCCCAUUUGCCGACAAGCUGUCACUCCUCAAUCACUCUCACGACUCUAUAGCUACGACACGUAUUUAGUAAAGGAAUAG